AUGCCCGGCAAACCCCACGAAGCGGGGUCCAGCCCCGACCGGCGCUCCUCUGACCCGCCCGAUGGUUCCCAGGCAGAACUGAACCUGCAGCAGGAGCCCGGGGUGGAGGGAGCAGUGUCUGGUGUUGCACCUGGAGGAAGGCUGGAGACAUUGUUUCCAUGGAGCACAGGCCUGCCCCCGCUCAGCGGCGCUUCCCUGUCAUCAAGCCACGUGCCCGCUGAGGGCCACCACGGGUGCACAGGGCCCCGGGGAGGGCGUCCUCAGGACAGGCAGUGGCUGGGGAGGGCAAGGCAGGCCCAGGGCCUGAGCACCCCCAAGGUCCCUGCUCAGGAGUGCGGCUCUCCCAGGCCUGAUGGCAGAUGCCAGAAGUUGGACACGACCUUCACCAAGGGUGCUGUGAAUGGGCAGUUCAGCAACCCAGCCAUGGCCCAGACGGACAUCCGCGUGGCCUCCACGGACUACGAACACUUCGCUGUGAUGUACUUCCAGACCCAGAAGGCAGACGUGACGAACACCUGGCUGCAGCUUUAUGCCCGCACUCCGGAGCUGUUUCCCGAAGGUGCGCAGAAGAUGCAGCAGCUGGCCCCUCAGUUGGGCCUGAGCCCCAGCCAGGGCGCCCUGCUGCCCAAGUCCGAGGAGUGUGCGGGAGCGCUGGCCUAG